UGAGCGACUGCUCGAGAUGUUACAUGCACUUAUACUUCAGCAGCAGGUACGAGUCCUGUCACUCUCACGGUCUGGAUUGUGUUUGACAGCGCUGUGUGGGUAUUUAGCUCCGUAUGUGGAACCAAGGGUUGGACAGUUAAACCAGUGUCACCAAAUCACGUCUGAACAUGAAACUGGAAGUGUUUUGUGGGGGUCACUACGACUCUAAGCCCGUGGAGCUGUGCAGCGACGCUGAGGGCAGUAUCCCGUCCCCGCUGUCCGCAGAGGAGGAGCUGGGCUCGGAUGGAGACUGCGUUGCGCACAGUCCGGCACCUGUUACUCCGUGCGCGGAGAGCAAAGGCAAGCCCUAUACCCGGAGACCCAAGCCGCCGUACUCCUACAUCGCUCUGAUAGCCAUGGCCAUCCGCGACUCGAACUCGGGUCGACUGACCCUCGCCGAAAUCAACGAUUACCUCAUGAAAAAGUUCCCGUUUUUUCGAGGCAGCUAUACGGGAUGGAGGAACUCCGUGCGCCACAAUCUGUCUCUGAACGACUGCUUUCUAAAGGUGCUGCGGGAUCCCUCCAGACCGUGGGGCAAGGACAACUACUGGAUGCUGAACCCGCAGAGCGAGUACACCUUUGCGGAUGGAGUGUUUCGGCGGAGGAGAAAGCGCAUCAACAAAAAAGCCGGCAAAGAGCCAGAGGGGCCGAGCCAAGCUGCUUUAGUGGACACUACGCCUCCUUCCAGCUCCAAGUUCACGAGCUCCUUCGCCAUCGACAGCAUCCUCAGUCGACCUUUUAGGAAAGAGGAACGCCCCGCUCUCAAAACUGACACCUGGCUAGGGGGAGUGGACAUGCUCCCUUAUGUCAUGCGUGGCUCCCCCGUCGCUCUCCCGCACUCGCAGGUGCUUCGAUCCUAUGGAGCGCCCGAGGACCCUGCCAUGAGCUGCCGUUACCAAAGGGACCUCUUCCCGUUCCAGCUGACCUCCGAGUACCUCUCGAUCCCGCACACGACCGCCGUGGCACCUGUGCCAGCUUUAGCGGGCUAUCACCCGUUCAAGAUUGACUAUUUGCUGUCUUAAUGGUGUGAGGGUCUGGGCUGGGGAACGUUGGCACUUUCUGUACUCAUGACUUGUCAAAGACUUUUGGCAAAGUUCAUUUCAUCAGGCUGCAUGUCGUCACCAAACUGAUUGGUUUUGGGACAUUGUCGAUAAAGUUUGAAUUUACUCAGACAAGCUCAACCUGAGUUCUAAAAGAGAAGCUGAGGAUGUUGCAUCAAAGUCGUAAACUGGAAUGACUUCAUUGUUCCUGACAAGCAUGCGCAUUUUAACUGGAUAAUAAAAUCUAUUUUCAAAUGAAACUCGAAUUGGCAU